AUGGCGGAGAAUCGGGGACCAGAGCUGCUCGGCAUCAACAUCACCUUUUGCAUCAUCACAUGUAGCAUUGUGCUGCUUCGCUGUUAUACAAGAGCCUUCAUUGUCAAGGCCUUUGGUGUGGACGAUUGGAUCAUCAUCUUGGCCACGAUGUGCUACCUCGGCUACAUCACUGCCUCCAAUAUGGGAGUCAAAUACGGCACCGGUCAGCAUAAAGACGCCCUGACAGAGGCUGACUAUCAGCGAGCCAUGAUGCAAUGGUGGUUUUGCUACCUAUUCUUCAGUCUCACCAUGGUCGCCUCCAAAGUGUCAUUUGCAUGGUUCCUGCUCCGCAUUGUCAACAAGCAAACGCACGCUUGGCUCAUAUACGCCGCCACCAUGUGCACCGUUCUCGGAGGGCUCGUCUUCUUCUUCGUCACACUCCUGCAGUGCCAGCCGAUUUCGCACUACUGGGACAAGACGGGCGCCGGCCACUGCAUCAGUAUGGACGUUGUCAUUGCACUGGCCUAUUUGUACAGUGCCUUUAGUGUCAUUACAGACUUUACUUUUGCGAUUCUGCUCGGGUUUGUUGUUUGGCAUCUGAACCUGCAGAAGCGGGCCAGAAUUGUCGUCAUCUUUCUCAUCACCAUGGGAUGCGUCGCAAGUGCAGCAGUUAUUGUGCGAGUUCCGUUUCUAAAAUUUCUCAAAGAGCCUGAUUUCCUAUGGGAUACUACUGACAUUGCUAUUUGGUCCACCAUUGAAAUGAGCUUGGCCAUCAGCGCAGUCAGUAUAUCGACUCUGCGACCCCUGAUCAGGGCCGUAGGCUGGAGUCUUGGAAUAAGCUCCAAAGGCACUGGCGACAGCCAUCAGCACGGCACGAGCGGCCGACGCAGCACACCGAAAUCGCACCUCUCUUCCAAACUCGGACAUCACGUCUACAUCAAGUCGGAAUUUUCCCAAGACGCGUCUUGUACGGACCGCGAUCCGAAAUGGAUCGUUGGGACGCGGGCAACGGCAUUUGCCGCACACUCGGACAGCGAGGGGAGGAAUAACCGCUUUGGCGGUGGUGAGAGCCUCGAGUACUUGGAGAUGACCAACUCAGACAGGGGUGCAGAAGAAGGGCACGCAAGAAAAGCGUCUCCGAAAUAUUUUCUCCCUUAA